UCUCUGGACUUCUACCGCGGCCCCGAAAGCGGGCGAAUCACGUUCCCGCCUUUGAGCAUUUGCAAUGAACAAGCAAUAUUGAUGAAAAUUCUGCGCCAAAACACACAAGAUUUGUAGUAUGAAAUCCAAAGCCCUAAUCUAAUUGCAAGGCACACUCAUGUCUUCAUGGCAGAUGCUAUCCGACCACGACGGCAAUUUCCAGUGGGAGAAUUCCCAUUUCAAACCAAAUGCUGCUUCGAUUGCUUCCAGCUCUCCUCUUCCUACCAUGUCUGAUGUUUUGCUUCAAGGAUGUUCAGUCAUUUCGGAGAACCGUAGUGAAGGAGUGAAGCGCACUCCCACGUUUCGAACUGGGCUAGGAAAACCGGUAUCUGUCAAUCAAUCUUCCAUUGCUAAAGCAUCAUCUGUUCUUGGUGAGGAUGCUUACGCUGGGGCAGGGAAAGAGCUUGCAAUGGAUGAUGAUUGCCACUUCCCAAAUUCUCUGUUUAAAACAGGCACCGGCAAAAGGGUCAAUAUAUCUUCUAAUGGUCUUGCUAGAGCCAAGACAUUACUGGGACUCAAAGAAGAUGCCACUGAUUGUAAUUCCCAAAGCCUUCAGCAAGCAACGAAAUUGUGUGAUAUUGGUGAAGCAUAUGAACUGCAACACUCAUCUCUGGCACAGUUAGAUAAGGGUGUCAGCAGUCAUGGGAUGAUGAAAGGGGGGUCUCGCUUAAGUCCAUUGUCCUGUUCAAGUCCAUCAUCAAUUAAUAAGACUAAAUCAAUUGGUGGUACUGGUCUGGACAACUAUUCUGCAGGGAAAGAGCUUGCAAUGGAUGAUGAUUGCCUCUUCUCAAAUUCUGUGUUUAAAACAGGCUCUGGAAAAACGGUGAACAUAUCUUCUAAUGGUCUUGCUAGAGCUAAGACGUUACUGGGACUCAAAGAAGAUGCCAGUGAUUGUAAUUCCCAAAGCCUUUGGAAAACAACAAAAUUGUGUGCUAUUGACGAAGCAUAUGAACUGCAACGUUCAUCUCAGUCAGAGUUAGAUAAGGGUGUCAGCAGUUAUGGGAUGGUGAACAUGGGGUCCCAUUUAAGUCCAUUGUCCUGUUUCAAUCCAUCAUCAAUUAAUAACACUAACUCCGUUGGUGGUACUCAUACAAUAAAGAAUUACCCUGAAAAAACCCCUGUUCGACCUGAAAAAUAUGGUUCUGCUUGCAAAGAAGGACCAGUUAAAUUUUUCACUGCCGGUGGAAGAUCUUUAUCUGUUUCUAAUGAUGCACUUGAACGAGCCAGGAAUCUUCUUGGUGACCCUGACCUGGGAGGUUUAUUUGAUGAAGGGGAUGCAGGAAAUGCAAUCUUCUCGUUUUCAAAGGAGAGGCAAUCUGAUAGUGCUGCAUCUUAUGAGGAAAAUGAUCCUCAUACUCCUUUGUACCAUCAUAUAACGGCAAAGAGCAAGUAUAUGACUCAAAGUUUCACUUCCCCCAUGAAAUCUUCUGGUCCUACGGAAUAUUCAUCCAAAUUUCCAAGUGUAGGUUCCGGAAGUAACUUGAUAACAAAGUUCAAUGCUGUGGGAAAGGAAAUUAAUUGCAUGCAAAGUAGCAUCACUUGUCCGCAGACACCUUUACAUGACAAAAACCAAGUGUCAGACAAAACUGUAUCUACUUCUUCAUUUAAUGGUUUCCCUUCAAGGAUGGAUCCACUUGGAAAGUCAAGUCAGAUCUCUGUUGAAAUUUCAAAUACCAUGUCUACAGCACAUGCAACCAAUAGGCAACUUGUAUGUGGAACACGGAGGCUAGGACCGCGUGUUAAUGCUUCUACCUUUAAACAGCCCCGCAAUACCAGAUUUUCUGCUCCUUUGAAGCAGGAUGUUCCAGUAUCCCCUGAUGGUUCUCCUAAACUAUCCUCCAGCAAUUCUGGUUGCAAAAAGAAGGUUUCUACUCGAUAUCCUUUCCAAAAUCUAAGAAUGGACAUCAGGGAAUUUUUUCGAAGGCCCCUAUCGGAGCAGAAAAUGUUGGAGCAUUUUCCCAACCAGCCAAGACAGGUGACAUCUGGUAAUGCGGAAAAGUAUGUGCUUGAUGAUUGUUCUGGUGUCAGUACUAUGGGGUCAGAAACUUUCUUCCAUAUAUUGGCUCAGAGUGGAGCUUCCACACAUUAUGCUUCUAAAGAGUGGGUCACAAAUCAUUACAAGUGGAUUGUCUGGAAACUGGCAUGUUAUGAGAGAUGCUACCCGGGCAGAUCUGCUGGAAAAUUUUUAACUACGUCAAAUGUGCUUGAGGAAUUGAAGUACAGAUAUGAGAGAGAAGUAAAUUAUGGCCAGCGGUCUAUGAUUAAGAAAAUUCUGGAAGGGGAUGCAUCCUGUUCUUCAAUGAUGAUUCUGUGCAUUUCAGCCAUUCACCCCAAUCAAGGACCGAAAAUUGAGGCCCCUUUCGAGAGGAAACUAGGGCCUGAGAGUAAUGAGGGAAUAAAACUUGAACUAACUGAUGGAUGGUAUUCUAUAACUGCCAUUUUGGAUGUGCCGUUGUCUAAGAAGCUUGCUGCUGGAAAAUUAUUUGUGGGACAGAAAUUACGGAUCUGGGGAGCUGGAUUAUCUGGCUGGACUGGGCCAGUUUCACCGCUUGAGGUGUUGACAUCAGUUUGUUUAGUGCUGCAUAUAAAUGGAACAUAUAGAGUACAUUGGGCAGAAAAGCUAGGAUUGUGUAAGCAUGCUGGUCCACCUCUAGCAUUCAGGUGCAUAAAAGACAAUGGUGGUGCAAUCCCUCAAACUUUGGUUGGAGUUACCCGUAUAUAUCCUUUUCUUUACAAAGAAAGGUUAAACAAUGGAGAAACUGUUGUAAGAUCAGAGAAGAUGGAGGCUAACAUGAUAGAACUGUACAAGCAAAGAUGCACUGCUGUUAUAGAAGGCAUCACUUCCAAUCUUCAGGAAGAAACACAAGGAUUACAAAUUUAUGAUGAUGGCAGUGAAGGAGCUAAGAUUUAUAACAUGCUGGAGACAGCUGAGGAUCCAGAAUUCCUAAUGGCUGAUAUGAGUCCUGAGCAACUUAAUUCUUUCGUUGCUUACAAGGCAAAACUAAAGGCAACCAAGCAAUCAAACUUGGAGAAAUCAGUUGAGAAAGCUUUGAAAGAUGCUGGCUUGGGUAAAAGAGAUGUCACGGAGUUUGUCAGAGUGAGGGUAGUUGGUUUAAUACAAAAGAAUAGAAAUGACAUGCCAAGAGAAGGCUUAAUAACGAUCUGGAACCCAACAGAGAACCAGCGACAGGAGCUGGUGGAGGGUCAAGCAUAUUUAAUUGCAGGUCUUGCACCAUCACGUUCUGAUUCAGAUGUCCUCCACUUGCAGGCGAGAGGAUCUUCUAACAAAUGGUUGCCUUUGUCUUCCAGUGCCAGCGCAAAUUUUAAGCCAUUUUUCAACUGUCGCAAAUCGAUCUCACUGUCAAAUUUGAGUGACAUCCCUCUUUCCAGGUUAUUUAUAUCCUCAAUAUUUUAUAUACAUCUUUCUGCUCACAGUCAAAACGAUAAGAGCGUCCUUGUUUACUUGUUUCAUAGUGAGUUCGAUACUGCUGCGUAUAUUGUACAUGUGGGAGAGGUUUAUACAUCUGGACAUCGAAAGACACAAUGGAUUUUUGUAAUUGAUGGAUCUAAGUCCAGUGCAAAAUUUGGACAGUCAAUCAGUUUGCUUGCCAUCUGCUUUUGCUCACAGUCCACAGAAUAUGAGUUGACUCCACCAAUCAACCAUAAGCUUGCUGGGUCUACGGUUGGCUUCUGUAAUCUCACUAAAAAAGAAAAGGACCACAUUAACCAUAUCUGGGUUGCCGAAGCAUCUGAAAAUUCAACUUAUCAUUUGACUUUUGAUUCCCCACGCUGCUCUCAUCUCAGGCACUCUGCAUCCUCAAUCAAAAGAUGGGCAAACAAUUCUUGCUUUACUGUAGGUAAGGUCAAGGAAAGAGUUUUAUCCGUAGUUGGCGAUUGCAAACGCUAGCAUAUAAAGAUGAUGAACGAAAGAGAUCUUUUUGGCAUCAUUUACCUAAGCAAGUGGAAUACAAUGAUGGUAGCGCUUUGUUUUUGACAAACGAAGGUAGGAAAUUGUAAAGCAUUUAUACUUUUGUUCAUGGGAAAUUGAUAUUACAGUUGUAAAGCAGUUCUUUUUGUGGUUCAAGCUGGUUGCCCAUGCACAUGGCAAAUGAUUUAUUUAGUUUAUCCCUUAAAUUAAAGAAUGGUGUGUGUAAGUAGAUUUUGUCUCUGAACAGCAAGAUUCUUACACAAUUUCUCAAGAAGUGCUGGCACUCAACUGGACUUUGUAAAUGUCUGCUAAAAUACUGAGUUAAUGUAUUUAAAUUCUAGUUCAUCUUUAUGUUAGUUUUAUUAUUU